AUGGUAAACACUCGCGUUAUUGGCGCCAUGGUCGCUGCCCAAAUUGAAAGCAUUCAAAAAGCAAAAAACAUAACAUUAGAGUCAAUUCAAAUUAUUGGACAUUCUCUUGGGGCUCAUGUUUCUGGAUUUGCUGGCAAACGACUUGACAGUUUAGGCCGAAUUACAGGACUAGAUCCUGCCGGUCCACUUUGGAAUAUUUUGCCAACAAAUAUGCGCCUUUGGAAAACCGAUGCUCUGUUUGUAGAUGCCGUCCACACAUCAUCAUUUGCUGAAGGCAUGGUCCAGGCAGUUGGGCAAAUUGAUUUUUACGUCAACGGAGGUGUCGAGCAACCAGGUUGUUUAAGUGACAACUUGAAAGAGUAUGUUUUGUUUCUAGUUUUUCAAUAA